AUGUACCUUUUCGGUCUUCUCCUCGGCAAUGAACCGCGGCUGACCGACCGGCGCCGGCGUGACCGGCAAAAUCGGCUUGACGGCGCGAAGGGCGACACCGCAGCCCCCUCGACCCAGUUCGCAGACGAGUCGGCCGGCGACACCGGCUCCCUCGUGACCGCCGACACGCCAAUCGGCCAGGUGCCCGUAGUGCACCUCGACCGCUGCGGCAGCGGUAACAGCAGCGGUGGUCACCGCCCGCGCCGUCGCAGCCGCUCCCAGGCACCGCGCCGUGACCGCCUCUCUCUCUGGAGCCGGCUGAUGUGCCAGCCGGAGGUGUUCGACCCGCACGUGGAGGCGUCGCCGAUGGCGUACCUGCGGGAGGUGCACGCCCCGACCGCCGUCUUCUCGUCGCCGCUGGCCGAGCAGCGGAGUCGUGCGAUUUCUUCUCACGCAUGUGCCAACGGUGAAGGAGGACAGGAGGGCGAUGACGACGAUGUUCUCGUUGUGCUGCCGACCCUCGCCGCGUCGGAGCUGCAGAUCGAGCCGGUGGGGUUGAAGGCUGCCGCAGCACCCGCUGUGGUGGACGAUGCGACCUGCGGGAACGAUUCCGAAGCGUCGUCGUCGUCGUCUUCAUCGGACUCCCUCUCGCAGGACCCGAGCUCGCCGGUGAACCCCGUGGACGACUUCCCGAUCGCGGUGGAGGAGGUCGGCGAGGAGGAGCCCCUCGACGACGCACCACCGGCGCUGUCGGCAUUCACGACGGACGACGUGCCGGCCACGAAGCCGCGCCGCGCCUUCCGUGUUACCGACACCCGCAAGUCCCGCUGCCCUUUUUCCCGUGCGGUCAUGCUUGCCGAUUCGACCUCCACGGCGAACACGAGCUUCGCCACGUCCUGCCUGCCUGACAGCAGCAGCGGCGGCGUCGAAACGACAACAAGCCGCUCGUCCCGAACGGCGGAGCGGCUGAUCUCGCGAGAGGAACUCGCCAUCCGGCGCAGCCAGCGUCGGCAGCAAAUGAAGGAGGCGGGGCUGCGGCUGCGGGAGUACAAGGCGGCCUGGGCAGACCUGGUGGCUUCGCAGAAAGGCCGCGAUUCCGGUUGUUCGGCUGCAGCGGCUGCUGCUCAGGGAGACGCCACGCUUUCCAGGAAGACUGACGGCACGGAUACUUCAGUGUCCAACGCGGGAGCAGAGAAGGCAGAGGAUGUGGCAGUGGUGGCGGUGCCCCUCACCGUCGAAGCUCUCGAGUCCCAUCGCGAGCACGUCGAGGCCCCGUCGUACGAACUGCCCGCUGACCUCCUCGUCCGCAUCGGCCGCUUCAACGACUCCACGUCCAAAGCAGAGAAGAUGAAGGAGAAGAAUUGCCGCGGCGAAACCGCAGAGGCCGGGGAGCAAACCAGCUCCGACGGCGACCGCCAUAGCAUCAGUAGUAGCGACAACAACAGUACCAGCGUCUUGGUUCUCGAUGACGAGGGCCGUCACAUGGAAACGCCGCUGCCGGCGAUAUGCGGGACGAUGCUGCGAUGCAGCGAAGCUGAGGAAAAGGGCUCGUCUGCAGCUGCUGCUGCGGCGCGGAUCUGUCACAACAGCAACCGGGCAUUGCAAAAGGACACCUCUUCGAUGGACUCGCAGACGGACGCGGACAGCCUACAGCGCGUUCCACAGGGCAAGUACGCCCUCGGCUCGCGUGGCUAUGUGGAGCACGUGAUCUUCGCACAGCGCCGUCAGCAGGAGUGCGCGCUCUUUACCCUCUUGACGGAGGCGCAUCGCCAGGCCCGCGCCGCCCACCUCCGUCUCUCACAGGUGUACUACUACUACAUCCUCCCCAUCCUCGCGCAGUACCAGGCCCCGGCGGAGGUGGAGGGGCUCGUGGAUUCGCUUUUGCAAUGCGGUAGCGGCUCCCUGCGUGUCUUUCACGCUGACUUCUGCAAGAUGGUGCAGGUAUCGAGCAUGUACGACUACAUGCACGGCACCUUUGUCCCUACGAACCUCACCCAGGCGCAACCGGUCGAUUACCAGGUGGCGCAGUACCGGUUUGAGAACCCGUGGCGGGAGCUCUUCCACGAGAUCAAAGCCUUCCUGGGGAUGCAGGCGCGCGAGGAUGUGAGCGUGGCAACCCUCUCGACGUACUCCUUCAGCGACGCGGCCGACAACGCGGCGUCGGGCAAAGGCACCGUGUGCGUGGCGGCCACCAUCCUGCACUCCAUGGAGCUCUAUGAGCGGCAGCGGCACACCCAGAUGGCCAUCCGCGACGCAGAGGACUGGCUGGCGUGGUACUACUACUACUUCACGCCGCAGGUGCGGGCAGCGACAAUGCCGGGGGCGCGAAGUGCGCUGGUGCUCAGCCUCCUUCCCACCCCCGCUUCGGCACCCGUGCCGCCGCACCCGCUGGAGCGGGAGUACCUGCCGAUGGUGUGGAGCCGCGCCUGUGAGACGGCGAGGCGGGAGGAGGUACUGGGCUACCGUCGGGCGUUGAAGCUGGAGGUGCUGGACAAGGCCAUGCGCGAAGUUCAGUCGCGGGCUGCGGCGAACACACCAGUUGAACCCCCAAAGACAGCGGCCACAUCCGACGCAGCUGCCACUCUUGCAGUGCAGGGCGACAGCAGCAGCAUUGCGGAGCCAGAAAAGACAGAGAGCACGUUUACUAGCAGGGCCGAGUCGGCGUCGAACUCCUUCACGGCAGAGGCGGAGUCGUGCGUCGAGGCGGUUGAUGACGUUUGUGUUCUCCGGUGUGCGGAGGUGGAGCCGCCGCACGUCGCAUCCUCUCUCCCGCGUCUCUUUGCAGAGGAGGUGGAAGCGUCACAGCUGCGCGUCGUCCAAGUCAGCCCCAUAUUUGCGAGUCCGGACGGAUUCGCCGAGCACGAAAAAAAUGGGUUCAUCGUGAUGAGCGUCGACGACUUCGAAGAGGAGGACAGCGUUAACCUCGACUCCUACCAGACGGUGAAUGCGGGGUGCUUUGGCUGGUCCUUCUUUUCCUCCUUCGAUCGUUUUUCUUCAUUUAUUUUCUAG